AUGGGUAGACCAAGAUUGGAUCCUGAUAUCAGUCAUUGGACUAGAGGUGGUGUAAGAGGUGGUGUCAGAGGUAGUAGAGGUGGUGUAAUGGGUAGUAGAGGUGGUAGAGGGGGUAAUAGAGGUGGUGCAGUGGGUAACAUAGGUGGUGUAGUGGCUAACAAAGGUGGUAGGGGUAGUAAGAGAGGUGGUAAGGGUAGUAAAAGAGGUGGUAGGGGCAGUAAGACAUCUGUUAGAGUUGAAGGUGGUGGAGGUGCUGAAGUUGAAGGUGAUACAAUUGAAAAUGAGGAUGACACUAUUCUUGAAAAAUAUUUAGUCCAUUUAUGGAAGUCAAUGCAAGAUUUGAAACAAUCAGGGUAUUCAAUUGAAGAAAUUAAAAAUUCACUUAGUCUGACAGAUUCACGUAUGAAACAACUUAAUGAUUACAAUGACACUAUUGAACAAGUUCUUCCUAUGUCUAGGGAAGAGGAGUAUCCACCUCAGACUGAGACACAAGAUGGGGGUGAAGAAAUUAUCCCUGAGACACAACCAGAAAGUGAAGAAGAAGAAGGCAUUAAUGACACCCAGGAAUUACCAGUACACCUUAGGAUUGUGAAAAGAAGAAGGCCCUCUCAGAGGAUUGUUAAAAACAAGCUGAAGAAGAUGGGAUGUGUUGGGACUUCUGCAAGUUCAGCAUUGGAUUUGGAUUAGGGUGUUAGGGUGUUAAGGGUAGUAAGGGUAUUUUGGUACAUCUUUUGUGAAUGCUAUUUUUGUGAAUCUUUUGUGAAUGCUACUUUUGUACAUCUUUUGUGAAUGCCCUUAAAUUACUGAUAGCCAUAUUUUGUACAUCUUUUGUAAACACAUUGAAACAUUGUGAAUGCCCUUAACAUGGUUGGUAAUGACAUAAUGGAG